AUGGGCUCCGACUGGGAGCUGCGAAACUCGAGAGAAAGUACUGUCGACUCGGAGGAUGAUGAAGACUUGGAUUACACGCGCCCCUCGAAGCAGCGUCCCGCAACUAUCUCCGACACAGAUGGAGACCAAGUCUACGAAGAUAGAGAUGCAACGCCAAGACCCGAGCCACGAUCAGACCCUCCUAUUAAGCAGAACUCGUCCCCUCUCGCUUCCAAAGUCGCCGUGGUGGAAAUAUCCGAGGACGAUACUGACGACGCCACAUUCAACGAUGGCGCAGCCGCGUACGAACAAUUUAAAAACCGCAAAGCCCUCAAGCGCAAACGAAGCUCAGGCGGCACGCGCAAGGCAAAGAUCGCAAAGGCAGACGCAAUAGUCGGGCGGCGGCCAAGAGAAGAUCCAAGGACACCUAGGCGACCGUUUCGCUCGAGAGCAUAUGGCGAGGAGGGGGCGUCCGAGGAUGAUUUGAUGGAGAACACUCUCCCCGACUACCUGCAAAGACGCCGCUCUCAGUUCGAAAGGCGGAUGGAACAUCUCAAGGAAUCAGGGCUAAAACUACCUCCCGACUUUGACGAAGUGGACUUUUCUGAUGACGAUCGACUCGAGUACCUGGCUGAAAAGCCCAACUUCGACACCUUGAAGCCGUGUCGGAAAUACGAAGAUAUCACCCUUCCCUAUUCUCUUGGGCUUAUUCCUGCCCCGAUCGCUCAGUGGCUCCGUCAAUACCAGGUCGACGGAGCUGCUUUCCUACACGAACUUUUUGUCUAUCAGAACGGUGGGAUUCUCGGCGAUGAUAUGGGUUUGGGAAAGACCGUUCAGGUGAUUGCUUUUCUUACAGCGGCUUACGGAAAGACUGGUGACGAGAGAGAUGCGAAGCGGAUGCGGAAAAUGCGACGCAGUGGACGGGACGAUUGGUACCCCAGGACACUCAUCGUAUGCCCCGGCACCCUGAUACAGAACUGGAAAUCAGAAUUCGCUCGCUGGGGCUGGUGGCAUGUCGAUGCCUAUCACGGUGAUAACAAGGAACUGGCUUUGCACGCAGCGAGAUCCGGUAGGCUGGAGAUUCUCAUUACGACGUACGGAACGUACCUUUCCAACAAAGACUCGGUAAACAUGGUAGAGUGGGAUUGUGUAGUGGCAGAUGAAUGUCACAUCAUUAAAGAACGGAGCUCGGAAACAACAAAGGCCAUGAACGAGGUAAACUCGCUCUGUAGGAUUGGCCUAACUGGAACAGCGAUUCAGAACAAGUAUGAAGAGCUGUGGACACUUCUGAACUGGACCAACCCUGGAAAACUGGGCCCAGUAACUACCUGGAAAAGAACUAUCUCCGAACCACUGAGAAUCGGUCAAUCCCACGAUGCCACACUACAUCAACUCAGCAAGGCUCGCAAAACCGCGAAGAAACUGGUUGAAAAUCUUCUCCCGCAGUUUUUCUUGCGCCGCAUGAAGACGUUGAUAGCGGACCAGCUUCCCAAAAAGAGUGAUCGAGUCGUCUUCUGUCCGCUCACGGACACCCAGGCUGAUGCCUACGAGAAUAUUCUAGAUAGUGAAAUCAUCAAUGCUAUCAAGCACUCCACUGAACUAUGUGGCUGUGGUUCACGAAAGAAAGCGGGCUGGUGCUGUCGAACACACUUAUCAACGGGAAUUCGAUGGCAAAAUUACGUGUUCCCUGCCAUAGCUAUUCUUCAAAAACUCAGCAAUCAUCUCGCAAUCCUCAUUCCACAGGGGGCUGAUUCCAACGAGAAACAAGAAAAAGACAAGGAGAUGCUAGAGAUCGCAGUCCCCGAUAAAUGGGAGACCCUCUAUAGGACGAGAGAUUCCAUCGUGAAUUAUGCCAACCCCGAGUUCUGUGGAAAAUGGAAGGUCCUCCGACGACUGCUCAAAUGGUGGCAUGCUAACGGGGAUAAAGUCCUUGUCUUCUCACACAGCGUGCGACUGUUGAAGAUGUUGCAAAUGCUAUUCCACCACACUAGCUACAAUGUAAGCUAUUUGGAUGGAUCAAUGAGUUACGAUGACCGAACCAAAGUCGUCGAUGAGUUCAACUCCGACCCUCAGCAGUUUGUCUUCCUGAUCUCUACAAGAUCCGGCGGAGUUGGCUUGAACAUUACCUCUGCGAAUAAAGUGGUUGUGGUCGACCCGAAUUGGAAUCCAUCGUAUGAUUUACAGGCCCAAGACCGAGCCUAUCGUAUAGGCCAGCACCGGGACGUGGAAGUCUUCCGGCUCAUUUCAGCCGGAACCAUCGAGGAAAUCGUCUAUGCACGCCAGAUCUACAAACAGCAGCAGGCUAAUAUCGGGUACAACGCCAGUUCUGAACGGCGAUACUUCCGCGGUGUGCAGGAAAAGAAAGACCAAAAGGGCGAGAUCUUCGGCUUGCAAAAUCUUUUCGAAUACCAAAACAACAAUAUCGUUCUUCGGGAGAUCGUCAACAAGACCAACGUCGCGGAGAGCAGAGCCGGCGUCCAAGUUAUGGACAUCGACAUCGACGAAGAAGAUGCCGCCGCCGGUGACGACCUCCCCGACCCAAAGACCAAAAACCAAGACGACGCAGUCAUGAGCCAAAUCGCAGCCAUGAUCUGCGGCGAAACCGACACACCAAAUGCAAGAUCUCGACAGAAGACAACCACACCCAGUGCAGUAACACCCAAUAAACACGAUCCCAUCCAGGCCAUCCUAGCCGGCGCAGGCGUCGAAUACACCCACCUCAACAACGAAGUCAUCGGCUCGUCCAGCGUCGAAGAACGUCUCAGUCGUCGCGCCGAACUGGCAGACGACAAUCAAGCUAACAUCCAAGUCUUUGAAAACUCCCAAACCGGAUCAUGCAGUAGUAAUACUAGGAAGAAGGGCGUGACCACAGGACCCCCAAUCCAUCAAAAGGACGGUCGACCUAUUCAGUUCAAGUACCACCCACCACAGGGGGUGAUGAAAAGGCAGUUUUGCAGUAUGGCGAAACGGUUUGGGUUUCCCAAUGCUACGGAAUUUGCGCUUGUGGUGGAGAGCAUGACGCAGGCUCAGAGGCGGGCGUGUCUUGAGCGGUGGUAUAGAGAGAGACGGGAGAAGCUUUUGGAGGGCUGA